CGCUGUUACUACUUACUCAUGACAUCGUCGAAUUAUAACCUGCCAAUGUAUUGUAGUGAACAUUUUUAACAUUAAAUGUAUUAAAUUUUCACAUGUUGUAAACAUUGACAUUCAAAAAUGACAACCUUGUUAAAAGUACUCAAUGGAUUUAAUCCAUUAAAGAGUUUUUUAACACCAAAACCAGACUUCCUUGAAAUAACAUGUCGUUCAAAACAUCGAAUACUGCCUAAACCAAAGAAAAGGUUUCCUCCCUGGCUUAUUAAAAGCACAAGAAGCACACGUUAUGAAGAUGAAUUGACUUCAGAAAAUAAAACUUUUCUCAAACAAUUGGUCCAAGAAAAGUAUCCUCGACCAGAGAGUGGUUACGGAUCUUACUCUCCUCUCAAUUUAAAUAUUGUUGAAUCAGCUGUCGAAUGGAGUCCUAGUUACCAAAGAGCUGGUUUAAUAGCCAGAAAAAUUGGUGUUUACCCAAUGUGGAUGAAGGAUGGAAGAAAGGUUCUUACCACAUUGUUUCAAGUGGCUGAUAAUCAUGUAAUUAAGUAUCAACCUCCAGAAACAUACAAACCUAUGAUAACAAAAAGAAAAACUUCACUUCCACCUUCAAAAGGAAGUCUUAUAAUAGGAGCAGACAGUGUAGAUCCACAAUUGUUCACAAAAGAAUAUUGCGGUCUUUUUGAAGAAUCUGGAGUCAUGCCCAAAAGAUUAUUAGCUAGAUUUCAUGUUUCCCCUGAAGCUGCAUUACAACCUGGUACACCAUUAUUAGCCUCUCAUUUUAAAGUUGGACAGUAUGUAGACAUAAGGGGUAAAACCAUAAAUAGAGGAUUUCAAGGAGUAAUGAAAAGGUGGGGUUUUCAUGGUAUGCCUGCUAGUCAUGGUGUUACCAAAACACACAGAAGACCAGGAAAUAUUGGAUCUGGUGGUAAAAAAGCUCGUGUUAUGCCAGGUACAAAAAUGCCUGGUCACAUGGGUAAUAGAUAUCGAGUGUUGAAAGCUCAAAGAAUUGUCAGAAUUAAUACAAAAUAUAAUGUUUUAUGGGUUCUUGGAAGUGCUUCACCAGGAGAGUGCAAUUCAUGUGUGCAAAUAUUUGAUACAGUUUUACCUCUGAAAAAUUGUAAAUACCUUAAACAAACUCCGUACUUUCCAACAUAUUACCCAGGUAGAGAUGAAGAGCUACCAGAAGAAUUAAUGGUUGAUGAUCUUCACAAUUUCAAUGACCCAACUAUUAUGUUUACAGAAGAUGAAGAAUAAUUAUAAGUAGUAUUAUAAGAGAUCAAAAAUAAAACUUUGUUACACAAU